AUGAAAAUAUGUUCUAUUUUCAGAUCUGGGCAUUUUUUAUUUCUGCUUUGUCUUUUCACUGUGGAAGGCAAAAAGUCACCUACAGGAGAGCAUCCCUGCCGAAAAGAAUUCCUCUCCCAGGUGACAGAGAACCUGUAUAUCAAGGCAACUAGUUUAAAAUCAUCUGUUCCAAAGGAUCUCAUCAAGACCACAAGAUUGCUUAAAAAGUCUACAAAAAUGCUGUUUAUGCAUCCAUGUGCUCCAUCCACAAGGUUAACUUCUGCAGUCAAAAAAUUAAGGAGAAUGUUUUUUAAGCUUGGAGAGAAGGGAAUCUACAAGGCCAUCCAUGAGCUGGACAUUCUCCUUCCCUGGAUUCAGGCCUACAUACAAACCAUCCUAUGAAGAAUGAGGAGGUGACAGACAACAUGCUGCUGCUGUGCUAAGAACAGAUCCUUACCCAAAAGGCCUGAAAAUGAAUCGAGAGCCAGAUGUGUCUGGCAGCAACUGUCUCCCAUGAAAGGAGAGCCUCUGUAACACGACAGCAUAAAGAGGGAUUUUCAUAAAUUUUCACAGUUAGCCUGGCCUAGCAGCUAUGCUUGAUCUGCCUCUGGAGCAGCUACAGUGUGCUGCUGUCCCUUUCAACCUGCCUGCCUGCCUGCCUGCCAGCUGCCGCACAGGCAGUACCUGAACAUAUCAU